GUUAGCCGAUCGUGCUAGCGUGUUAGCCUUUCUGCUAGGUGGAUGCAAACACUGACUGCUGUUGGUGGGAAACCAAAAAAGGCGAAGAAGGAGCGUUUAAGAAGAAGAAGAAGAAGAAGCUGAACUCCUGCUCUGAGGGAUUUCUACGUUUUUGGAUAUUCGACUAAAAAGAGGAAUCACGGGAGAAGAGAGAGAGAGAGAGAAAGAGAGAGAGAGGCCCCCGCUGUCUUCUUUUUGUCAUCUUCACGCGUCCGAGCCCCCCGCCCUCCAACUUCACUACCCCUGGCUCAGUCUGUGGUUCAGCAUCACUUCAAAGGGAAGGUCUGUGGAGCUGCAGAUAACACCGCCAUACCCCCAAGCAGCAGAAAAGCUCAACAAGAUCCCCUACGCAGUCCCUCCGCUGACAGAAAGAAUCAAAUCUUAGAGUAGGACCAGGAGUGGAGAAGACCAAUUGUGGCCUGAGGAAAGACAGAAAGACAGAACUAAUGCCAAGCCCUUCUCCUCCUCAGACAGCCUAGCGAAGGUCCAGGAGGUAGCAAGCUGGCUUUUGGAAAUGAACCAGGAUCUGCUGUCGGGGGGCAGCAGCAGCAGGCGGAGUCGGGGGCCGGGGGGUCCGGCAGUGCGAGGUAACGCCUCCUCUACGGCCCGGGCACCUCAGCAGGCGGCAGAGGAGGGGGAUGAGGAUGAGCACAUGAACCGGGUAGUAGAGGUGGAAGAGCAGCUGCAGCAAAGGCCUGAGGCGUCGCAGGUCGAUGGGGAGAGAGAACAGCCAUGGGUGCCAUCUGAUACAGGAGCCAGCAAUGGCCCCCGAGGAGACGAUGAGGGCGAGGACGACGAAGAGGGCCCUCCGAACGAAGUAAACGGAGGAGACAAAGGAGCGCGAUGGAUGUGGGGGUCCGAGCAGAGGCGGCUAAGAGGCCAGCCCCUGGGUGAAGAGGAGGAGGAGGAGGAGGAAGAAGAGGAGAACAACAACAGCAGCAGUCACCAGGAGGAGGAGGAGGUGGAGGAGAGGACAGAGGGAGGGGAGGAGCAGGGAAGGGAGGAAGAGGAGAGGGAGGAGGGCGAGGAGGAAGAAGAGGAGGACGAGGACGAGGAGGAGAUGGACCAAGACAGCGAUGAUUUUGAACAUUCGGCUGAGAGUGGAAGGGAGGAGGAAGAGGGGGAGGAAGGAGAAGGGGAGGAAGGGCUGCGGUCUCCCUCUCUCAGGAACAAUGUGUCUGCCCCCAACAACAACCUGGACUCUGGUUGUACACACCAAAGCUCUUCCAACAAGAAGAUGAAGAGGAAGUUGGACCAUGGCCCCGAGGUCCGAUCUUUCCCUUCAGGAAAAAAGCCCUGCAAAGGCCCAGAGUAUCCAAGCCCGACAGGAAUCGUCCCAUGUCCAGCCACACCUACCACAUUCGGCCACAUCAGAACAGCCAACGGUCAGGGGGGGCAGAGACGGCGUAUCACCUCAAUCCAGCCACCCACGGGUCUCCAAGAAUGGCUCCGAACAUUUCAGAGCUGGACUGGGCCUGAGAAGCUGCUGGCGCUGGAUGAGUUGAUUGACAGCUGUGAGCCCACACAAGUCAAGCAUAUGAUGCAGGUGAUCGAGCCGCAGUUUCAGCGAGACUUCAUCUCCCUGCUGCCCAAAGAGCUGGCUUUGUAUGUGCUGUCAUUCCUGGAACCGAAGGACCUCCUCCAAGCAGCGCAGACGUGUCGCUACUGGCGCAUCCUGGCAGAAGACAACUUGCUGUGGAGGGAGAAAUGCAGGGAAGAAGGCAUCGAUGAGCCUCUGCCCCUCAAGAAGAGGAAAAUCGUCAAGCCUGGCUUCACUCACAGCCCAUGGAAGAGUGCCUACAUCAGGCAGCACAGAAUAGAUACUAACUGGAGGAGAGGGGACCUCAAAUCACCCAAGGUGCUGAAAGGUCACGACGACCACGUGAUCACCUGCCUCCAGUUCUGUGGGAACCGCAUCGUCAGCGGCUCUGACGACAACACGCUGAAAGUCUGGUCAGCCAUCACAGGAAAGUGUUUGCGCACAUUGGUGGGCCACACAGGGGGCGUGUGGUCAUCGCAGAUGAGAGACAACAUUAUUAUCAGCGGCUCCACUGAUCGCACACUCAAGGUCUGGAACGCAGAGACAGGAGAAUGUAUCCACACCCUCUAUGGGCAUACCUCAACAGUGCGCUGCAUGCACCUACAUGAGAAAAGGGUGGUCAGUGGAUCUCGUGACGCCACACUGCGCGUCUGGGACAUUGAGACCGGUCAGUGUUUACACGUCCUCAUGGGCCACGUGGCAGCAGUGCGCUGCGUCCAGUACGACGGGCGGCGGGUGGUCAGCGGUGCCUACGACUUCAUGGUCAAAGUUUGGGACCCUGAGACGGAGACCUGCCUCCACACGCUGCAGGGCCACACCAACAGAGUGUACUCAUUACAGUUUGAUGGGAUCCACGUGGUUAGCGGCUCAUUGGACACGUCUAUAAGAGUCUGGGACGUGGAGACGGGCAACUGCAUUCACACGCUAACGGGGCAUCAGUCCCUCACCAGUGGCAUGGAGCUCAAAGACAACAUCCUGGUCUCAGGCAACGCAGACUCCACGGUCAAGAUCUGGGACAUAAAGACGGGCCAGUGCCUGCAAACAUUGCAAGGUCCCCACAAACACCAGAGCGCCGUCACGUGCCUCCAGUUCAACAAGAACUUUGUCAUCACCAGCUCGGAUGAUGGCACAGUCAAACUGUGGGACCUGAAGACCGGCGAGUUCAUCCGAAACUUGGUGACUCUGGAGAGUGGCGGCAGCGGCGGUGUGGUGUGGCGUAUCAGAGCCUCCAACACCAAGCUGGUGUGUGCAGUGGGCAGCCGUAAUGGCACGGAGGAGACCAAGCUGCUGGUGCUGGACUUUGACGUGGACAUGAAGUGAGGAUGGUAUGCGAUGGGGAAGGACGAAGAAAGCCAAGCGCUGAUUGGAAAGAAGAGAUAGGGAAUGGGAGAUGAGGCACCUGGAAAUCCCAACACUCUUCACCCAAACUCGCUUAAUCUACAACAACUGUCCUGUCCACGACCGUCAUCUUCCCCCCUUUGUGUCCCUUUUGGGCAAAUGUUACCGACCGAGCCGCAGACCAUCACACGGGGUCAGUCCCUGCUUUUGACCCUCCACAACUAGGAGCAGUCGGAGGGAAUUGGGCUUAAAACUAAGCAGAAAAGGGGAGGGGAUGUCUGAUCUGUCCCUGAAUUGGCUGGGAGAAAGCAGAAGAGGGAGUAAAGAAAAGAAGACUGAACUCUUUGAAGUGACCCUCUGCCCUUUCGGUUCAGGGUCAGCUUCGAACAGAGACUUGGUUUUGCUCAAGCCUGACAGAUUUUGAGAUGUACAGAGAUAUAUUAUUUUUUAAAGUGCCCCCCUCCUCCACACAUAACCCUUCCCUCUCCCAACAAUGCGCGCCCCACACAUUCAAAUCAUAGUCAAGUCGAGGAAGGUGGUAAAACUCAAACACAGUUACAGGUGAAGAGCUGCUUGUUGUAGACUGGAGGGUUCAGCCUGUCAUCAGGCUUGUUUCUCGUCACUCCAUUUCCGUUCUUGUUGUUCUCCACUCGGUUUCAUUAGUUUGAUUUCUUUACAGUAUCGCACACAAACACAACUGUGAAUUUCAAUCCGUUCUUGGUUUAUCACAUGAAAGGGGGUUCCUCUUGUUUUUUUUUCUGUCCUCGCGGUUGCCAACAGCAACAAAUCCCAGUAUUAGAAAGCUGCUCUGUUUAGGUUUGCUGUCAUUAUGUCACAAGGUUUGUUUUUUUUUUCCAUCUGUUUAUUUGAGUUGUUUGUUCUUCCUCUCUGUUUUUCGACAAACCUGGGUUGGUUUGGUCUCCACAAAAACACCAAUGCUGUCCACAUUUUUCACUUUUCUUGGGGUGGUUUCCUCAAUGCCAGUGCUGUGAUGAGAGGAGGGAGUAAAAGUUGUUUACUCUAAGCGCUGUGGAUUAAUGCCCCCAAAGCCCCCUCCCUGAGCCCCGUACCCUUUUCUGUUUCCCCCGGUGGCCAAACUGUAUUUAUGCUGCUAGAUGAAUGGAAAAAAAAAAAGAGAGAGAGGGAACUUUUACUUGCUGUGACGUUUUAGUCCCAGGCAAAAUUCCAAAUUGAACUUUGUAUGUUUGGACUUAAGAAACAAAAGAUGACAAAAGAUAACAUCCAACAUUUUUGUUUUUAUUUUGUUUGUUUUUUUGCCACUGAAACUUGAGCCAAACGUGCCUCUACGAGGCUGAGAGGAGGGAGCAUCCAACAGGUUCUGAUGGGAUUGCCUGCAUAGAGGAAACAAGGGGAUGUACACUGUUGGUGUGCGUGUGUGUGCGUGCGUGAGUGUGUUAGCGUGUUAACUUGUAAACACAUUCCUUGGGACAAAGCUCUCUCAGCUUGUCCUUUGGGUAAAUGUACAAACGCUGUGUGGACUGGCAAAGAAAAAAAAAACUAGCAGAUGUAUCAGAUUGGAAUGACAGAACUGUCCGUAUUCCUGUGUGAUUGUUGUUACAUUCAAAGAUGUCUGAAGCAACAGAGGAGACCAUCACAAGCAUCACUUGACAGGCUGCAGGAGUCUUAGUGUUACAUGUUGCAGAUAAAAAUCAGCGGCCUCGUGGAUCGUCAGUGGGGGAAAAUACACAAAAAGGCAACAAAACGUGAACAGAAACAUUGUAGCCAAACGAAAAGUCGUCUCAAUCUCCAUGAGUCACAACUCAAGCUGAACUGUGAAAGUGGUAUAACACUGUAUAUUAAAAAAGAAAAAAAAGAAAACAAUCUCGCUCUAUCUCCUCUCGUUGUUUUCUCCGUUUUAAUUUAUGAUCUGGUUUGAGAAAUCAGAUUUGUUGCAGGUGUUUUAUUUUUUCAGUUCAUGUAAACUGCCUGGCAAAAAAGAAAACAGACAGAAAAAACCUUAAAGGGAUUGUGUAUUUGUUUGAUUCACUUAGAAUUUUAUUUUCUUAUAACUUAAGUGCAAUAAAAUGUGGGUUUUUUCUUUUUUGAUUUCAAGCAUAUCAGUUGUCUGUUUUUGUUACCUGUGUGAAGGCAUCUUAUAUGUUCAAUAAAGCAAAUUAUUUGGUUAAUAAGAACCAUGAGGGAA